UGAGAAGCAGAAUUCAAUGGCGCCCCUUGAUCUUAAGUGCAAGAUAGCUGAUCUGGGUAAUGCCGUCCGGAUCCGAAAUCCAUUAAUAGCUCCUAUUCAAACAUUUCGUUACAAGUGUCUAGAGAGUCUUCUGCUAUCUCCAUUGUCUUAUCCAGCAGAUAUAUGGUCUGUUGCAUGCAUUGCCUUUGAACUUGCCACAGGUGAUUUCUUGUUUAAUCCUCAGGGGAAGAAUAGUGAAGACAUUGUUGUAGAUCACUUGGUAUUGAUGAUGGAGCUCGUUGGUGUGACGCCCAAGGAAAUUGCUCUGGGUGGCAAGCUCUCUGCCAAUUUUUUCGACGAAAGUGGUAAUCUAAAAGGGUACAGGAGGUUAAGGUUUCGCCCAUUGAUCAAUGUGCUGCAAAAGAAUUUUGGGUUUGCCAAAAAGGAUGCAGCUGAUUUCAGCAAAUUUCUUGUUACCCUCUUACAUUUUGUACCGGAAAGGCGACCCACUGCAAUACAAGCCAUUCAUCACCCCUGGCUUACUGGCGGGCCGCGCUUUCUUCAACCCUCAUUAUCAUCAAUUCCAGAAGAGGAGACAUGUUGUAAGAAUAUGUGAAGCAAUAUGUGAGGUGCAGUUAUGGGAAUCUAGAUAAACCAUGAAAUGUUGUAUUAAGUUAUGAGGCAAGAAGCCAUGAUUACUAUUUGUGCCCCGUUUUCUGUGAAAUUUCUAUCAUACAAGAGAAAGUAGAGUUAUGAACAUAGAUUCUUGGAUUAGUGUAGCAAUGCAUGAGAAGCAUUUUCCCACGUUGUAAACUUCAAUCAUG